AUGCGUGACGGCCGAGGGGCCUCCGCUCUGCCCUCGUCCCCCUCAAGCCUGCAGGCCCUCAGUCUGGGCCGACUGCAGCGGUACUCCCUCCGCGGCCAGCCCUUAAAAUUUCUUGAAGUAAUCAAGCCCUUCUGUGUUAUCCUGCCUGAAAUCCAAAAGCCAGAACGGAAGAUUCAGUUUAAGGAAAAGGUACUAUGGACAGCUAUCACACUCUUCAUCUUCUUAGUAUGCUGCCAGAUUCCCUUGUUUGGUAUCAUGUCAUCAGACUCAGCAGAUCCUUUCUACUGGAUGAGAGUGAUUUUGGCAUCAAAUAGAGGUACGUUGAUGGAGCUGGGCAUUUCACCUAUCGUCACUUCUGGGCUCAUUAUGCAGCUCUUGGCAGGUGCCAAGAUAAUUGAAGUUGGUGACACCCCAAAGGACAGAGCUCUCUUCAAUGGAGCACAGAAAUUGUUUGGAAUGAUCAUUACCAUCGGACAGUCUAUUGUGUAUGUAAUGACUGGAAUGUAUGGAGACCCAUCUGAGAUGGGUGCUGGUAUCUGCUUGCUUAUCACAAUUCAGCUUUUUGUUGCUGGAUUGAUAGUUCUGCUUUUGGAUGAGCUCCUGCAGAAAGGAUAUGGUCUUGGUUCUGGCAUCUCUCUCUUCAUUGCUACCAAUAUCUGUGAGACUAUUGUCUGGAAAGCAUUCAGCCCCACCACGGUGAACACAGGACGAGGCAUGGAAUUUGAGGGAGCCAUCAUUGCUCUGUUCCAUCUUCUGGCCACUCGUACUGACAAAGUCAGAGCUCUUCGUGAGGCCUUUUACCGUCAGAAUCUCCCCAACCUUAUGAAUCUGAUCGCCACCAUUUUUGUCUUUGCUAUUGUAAUUUAUUUCCAGGGCUUCAGAGUGGAUCUUCCUAUCAAAUCUGCUCGCUACCGUGGGCAGUACAACACCUACCCCAUCAAGCUGUUCUACACUUCCAACAUUCCCAUUAUUCUUCAGUCCGCCCUGGUGUCAAACUUGUACGUCAUCUCCCAGAUGCUUUCUGCUCGCUUCAGUGGCAACUUACUGGUUAGCCUGCUGGGCACUUGGUCGGACACAUCAUCUGGAGGCCCUGCUCGUGCUUAUCCAGUUGGUGGACUUUGUUAUUAUCUGUCACCUCCAGAGUCCUUUUCUUCAGUGUUAGAAGACCCUGUCCAUGCAGUUGUUUAUAUUGUGUUUAUGUUGGGCUCCUGUGCUUUCUUCUCUAAGACGUGGAUUGAAGUCUCUGGCUCCUCUGCCAAAGAUGUCGCCAAACAAUUGAAAGAACAACAAAUGGUAAUGCGAGGCCACAGAGAAACUUCAAUGGUACAUGAGCUGAACAGGUACAUCCCUACAGCUGCUGCAUUUGGUGGUCUCUGUAUUGGAGCCCUCUCUGUGCUGGCAGACUUCCUUGGGGCAAUUGGGUCCGGAACUGGAAUUUUGCUCGCGGUCACUAUCAUUUAUCAGUACUUUGAAAUUUUUGUGAAGGAACAGAGUGAAGUUGGCAGUAUGGGAGCUCUUCUUUUCUAAACCUAGCUUCUCAUGGACCCAGGAAAGAGAGGAGGAACUUUCUCAAAGUGUAGCCAGUCAGGUGAAAGGAAGUAACGUGAACUCAAUAAUGUCAUUCGAUAGGAACACACAUUUCAAUAACGUUUCCAAAGCGCAUUCUCUGUGUUCAAACUUUUCUAGCAUACUGUUUGCAUUUUAUAAAUUGUUGAGGAAAAAGUGCAAAAAAAUUUUUUUAAGGAAAAUUGUUUUUUAGUUUUGUUGGGAGAAGCAUCUUUCUGAAUUGGACUUGGUUCAAUGACUGAAUUUUUUUGGAACCCCU